UAAUUUGACUCUGUUUCCUUUUUCUUGUUCUCCACUAAUGGCGGCCAUUUCUUGGGCCUUCCUUCCGCCGGAGCUCCUCGAGCUCAUCUUUGGCCGCCUGACCUUCAUCGACGUUUGCCGCUGUAAAACUGUCUGCGUUUCUUGGCGUUCUCCGGCGAAGGUGGCGCAUCUCAAGUUAAUCCCGACUUUUCCUCCUUUCCUUUUGAUUCUUGGCGCCGACGAUUCUCCCAGCGAAGUUUUAGAUUUUUCAACCCAAAAUCGACACCCAAUGUGCCUCCGGGAGACCCGGCAACGCUGGUCGCGCGUUUCAUCCGGCGGUUGGUUACUCAGCACCGGUCGCUGGCGACGCUGUUCCGAUGUUCAACUCUUUAAUCCUUUCUCGAAAUCCAUCGUCCUCCUCCCUUCGCCGAAAAAUCUGCUUCUCUGGCCGGACCUUGAUCUCGACAUCGAGAGAUUCGCCUUCUCGUCGUCUCCGGCGGACCUUAAUUGCGUGAUUCUGGUAACGUUUUCAUAUUUAUUUGGGCAGGGCUGUCUGGCGUUUUGUCAUCCGGCGGAUGAUCAGUGGACGAGAGUCUAUUUUCCGUCGAAGUUGCCGUUCAGUGACGUCGUGUUCUACAAGGGCCAAUUCUAUCUCGUCGAUGCCAAAGGUAGCGUCUUCAUCUUCAAGCUCCAGCUUGGGUCGAGUGACCCGGACCUUAUCCAGAUUGCAGACCCGCCGAAGUUUCACUUUGACGAUAAGUAUUUGGUAGAGUCGUCGUCCGGAAACUUCAUGCUGGUGCUGGCGGCGCCGGCGAAACGUGAAUUUGAAGUGUUCAGGUUGGAUUUGGGGAAUGGUGAAUGGGAGAGGGUGACGAAUUUGGGGGAUGAAGCUCUUUUUUUGGGUCAUCGGAGCGAGUCCGUAUCCGUUUCGCGUGCGGGUUCAACAGGACCUUGCAAGGGAAAUUGCAUUUAUUAUUUGGGUAACGUUGAGACUUGGAGUCACUAUGUGGACGUGUUGGAUUUCGGAUCCAAUAAUCUGAGCUGGUUCAAGUUUUUUGAUCAUCCGAUCUUUUGGAUCGCACCCGAAGUAAAGGAAAGGGCACCCGUUUUUGGAUUUGAUUCCAGCUCUGCUAUUAAUUGUACAGAUUAAUCUUCUGCUGUUAAUUGCUUUAGCUAAUUAUUUUACUUGAACCUAAAAUUUUGUCUUUGACCUAUUUCCUUAAUUAAUGGCUAAAUGCAUUUUUUAGUUUAUUCUUUAUCCUAAACACUCUAUUGUGGAUAGACAAUUUUAGGACAUGUUUGAUUUUGAGGGAAAAGUGCAUAGGAAACAAUUGAAUAAAUUUUUUU